AUGAUUGCGAUUUUUUCAUUAUUUUUGCUUAUUGGGUGCACAUCGGGCACAACUGAAUGGUGGGGCGAUCUUCGUGCACAUCUGAAUCCACAGAAACAAACUCCAUUUUAUGAUGUGACUUAUGAUGAGAAAAGUGAGUACCUUUUUUGAUGAUUUGAACGAUAUUUUCAUCCAAAAAAAGAUUUCAAAUUUUCAAAACUCAACAAUUUUAUUUUAGUCUGUCCCCAAGGAAUGCAUGCUGACGCAAUUCCUGAAUACGUAUACUUCGGUACAAUGUUAGCUACAAUGACCGUCGAUGAACACGAUCAAUGUCUUCAUAAAUGUGCCGAAAAGCCACGUUGCAAAGCCGUCAACUUUUUCCAUCCUUUCGCUUAUCAGGAGAAGGGUUUCUGUGAAUUAUUGACCGAGGGACAAAGAGACAAUCCGAGUUUGAUGAGACCAUUCAGAAAAGCGACUUAUUACGAGAAAAUUCGUUGUCGUGAGCCAGAAGAUAUUGUUGAUGUUGACGAAACUGAGAGUGAGUUUUUCAAAUGAUUUUUCUCUUUUGAAGUUUUUUUUUUCCAGAACCUCAAGCAGUUCAAAUCAACAAUCUCGACAUGUCAAAACUCAUGAAAAAACUAUCAGCAAAAGUGAAAGAGUUCAAUUCCUCAGGCGGUUUCCGUGCAGCUCGUUAA